AAUAUGUUAAAGAUUAGGAAUCAAAAAUAUUUUAAGAUUAGAUGAAUAUUUGUUUGAUGACAAUCAUUACAAGGAGUAUAAAUUUAAUUGCAAAAUGUUUGUCACAUUUAGUAUAAUUUUAAAUUUUCUUUCCUUUCCCCUAUUAAUAAUGUUGAGACACGGUAAAUUAUUUCCGGUUACCGGCGUUCUCUUUCUCGUCAUUAGCUUGACGAGAGCAUCAGUGUUACCGGAAAUUGAAAAUUUUUCACUUUUCAAUGACAUCGACGAGAAUGCAUUCGCCGAUGCAUUGAAGAAUCCCAGUGAAGACGCUUACCUCUCAACUGUGGAAUUAAUCGGCAAAUAUGGCUACAAUGCCGAGUCGUACACAGUUGCCACUUACGACGAAUAUAUUUUGGAAAUGCACAGGAUAACUGGACCGAAAAUAAAUCCGGAUCCAAAGGGAAAACCAGCGAUACUUUUAAUGCAUGGAAUCGUUAUGAGUUCAUCGGAUUGGAUAAUUUUGGGUCCAGAAAAAGCACUCGGCUACAUCUUAGCGGAUGCUGGAUACGACGUUUGGAUGGGAAACGUUAGGGGCAACACUUAUUCACGAAAGCAUUUGAAGGAAUCUGUUGUUGACAAUGCUUACUGGCAAUUCAGUUGGCAUGAAAUUGGUUUACGGGAUCUACCGGCAAUGAUUGAUAAAAUUUUGGCAAGUACUGGUCUCGAAAAAAUUUCCUACAUUGGACACAGUCAGGGGACGACAAUUUUCUUUGCAAUGGCCGCUGAGUUGCCCGAAUACGCCAACAAAAUUGUAUCAAUGCAUGCUCUCGCACCUGUUGCAUUUUGCAAGCACAUGAAAAGUCCCCUCCUCAAAUUUAUGGCCAAGUUCAGCCAUUCCCUAACAACAGUAACAAAAUUCUUCGGCAUUAACGAACUUCGCUUGACUCAAUCAUUUUAUGAUAAAUUCACUUCAAAAGUCUGUGACGUGAGCUCUGCCCUUCAACCAUUGUGCAGUAAUUUAUUGUUUCUGAUUACUGGUUUCAGUCCAAAUCAAUUAAACAUGACAAUGCUUCCCGUAAUUUUGGGACAUGUGCCAGCUGGUGCAUCUGUGAGACAAGCUGUUCAUUUCUCCCAACUCAUGAACAAUGAUUACUUUCGACAAUAUGAUCUCGGAUUUUGGCAAAACUUUCGAACGUAUGGAAAAUUCAGUCCUCCGGAUUAUGAUUUAGGACGAAUAAAAACACCUGUAUCCCUUCAUUACAGUGUCAAUGAUUGGCUCACGCACACAAAAGACGUGCAAAAACUCUACAGCAAAUUGGGCAAUCCAAUUGGAAAAUUCCGCGUCCCACUGGACGAAUUCAAUCACUUGGACUUCCUUUGGGGAAAAGAUGCGAACAUUUUACUUUACGACAAAAUUUUAAGUCUGUUGUCACGCUAUAAAGAUGUUGCAGUAAAAAAACAAAAAUAAAUAUUCAAUUGUAAUUUAUUUCUAUAAUGUAUUGUGAUUAUUAUUUUUAUAUAUUAUGAUUAUGAAUAUAUAUAAUUUUUGAUAAAAAUGUACUGAAUUUUUUUCUCUUCUUAUAUUUAAACUUCUUUUUUUAUAUCCUUAGAAAAAAAUUGUUAUUGAAACAAAAAAUUAUAAUGAAAUUACUUCUUUAAUUAUUGUAUUCUUCGGUGUAUGUCAGGUUGCAUAUUUUGUACACUUUUUGUCAAAAUUAAAAAGAAAAAAAAAUUAACAACUGUGAUGCGUCAUGAAGAAAGGGACCUAAGAGGCAAAAUUUUACAGGUUGUGUUUGUUUUCUUUUUAUCUUUAAUAAAAAUUUCUUUUUUAAUUUUGUAAAAUAAAAAUUUAUUUUAUUUGGAUAAAUAAAAAUACUUCAACCUUUGAAA